GUAGUUCACCUAAAUAAGAUUGAAAAGGUUGUCGUUACGUUACAAAAGAGAAACGGACUCUCCGGCCCGCCUGUGAGAUGAGAUAAGCCAAAAAAAUAUCCACAUUAUUUAUUGCGACGAUUUGCUUUUGCUUUUGCUUUCGCUUUCGCACCCUACUUUGAUCGCGACGAGAUAACGGACCUUGGUCGCUGCGAAGUUUCAUAGAAUUCAUCGUUGACAACCACUUCACUACAGCAGAUCGAAUACCAAGCUUCUCAAUCUUUUUUUUUUUAGCUUCACGGAGAACCAUAAUUUGUGCUUUUAUGGCGCCAAAUUGAGCGAGGCUGGAUUUUGGACGAGCUCCGGCGAUGAAAUGGGCCAAUUUGUCGAUUGUUUCGCUAUAGCAAUGUGUUUCUUUUGUUGGGAAUUGGAUGAAUUUUGAAUUUGUUCCAGAGAAAUUUUAAUUGAGUUUGGGGAUGAGUUCUUAGCGGAUUGUGAAGUUGGUUUAUUUGGAUAAGGAAGAUAUUCACAAGAUCAAAAGAAAUGGCUACUCCUGUUGAGCCUCCAAAUGGAGUUAGGAUUCAGGGGAAGCAUUACUAUUCUAUGUGGCAAACCUUGUUUGAGAUUGACACGAAAUAUGUGCCCAUCAAGCCUAUUGGCCGAGGAGCCUACGGGAUUGUUUGCUCCUCUGUGAACAGAGAAACCAAUGAGAAAGUUGCAAUCAAGAAAAUACACAAUGCUUUUGAGAAUCAUGUUGAUGCACUGAGAACUUUGCGUGAACUCAAGCUUCUUCGGCAUCUUCGACAUGAAAAUGUCAUUCAAUUGAAGGAUGUGAUGAUGCCAAUUCAUAAAAGAAACUUCAAGGAUGUCUAUCUGGUAUAUGAACUCAUGGAUACGGAUCUGCAUCAAAUUAUUAAGUCUUCUCAAGCACUUAGUAAUGACCACUGCCAAUACUUCCUAUUCCAGUUGCUUCGAGGUUUGAAGUAUCUUCACUCAGCAAACAUUCUCCACCGUGACUUGAAGCCUGGGAAUCUACUUAUCAAUGCAAACUGUGAUCUAAAAAUUUGUGAUUUUGGGCUUGCACGUACUAGCAAUGGCAAGGGCCAAUUCAUGACGGAGUAUGUUGUCACUCGCUGGUAUCGAGCUCCAGAACUACUCCUAUGCUGUGAUAAUUAUGGGACUUCCAUUGAUGUCUGGUCCGUCGGAUGUAUCUUUGCAGAGCUUCUCGGCCGGAAACCUAUCUUCCCAGGCACAGAGUGUCUGAACCAGCUUAAACUUAUCAUCAACAUCCUUGGCAGCCAGAGGGAGGAGGAUCUAGAAUUUAUUGAUAACCCUAAGGCUAAGAAAUACAUCAAGUCACUUCCAUAUUCUCCUGGUACCCCAUUUUCUCGCCUUUACCCUAAUGCCCAUCCUUUGGCAAUUGAUCUGCUUGGUAAAAUGCUUGUUUUUGACCCAUCAAAGAGAAUAACUGUAACUGAAGCACUCCAACACCCUUACAUGUCCCCACUUUAUGAUCCCAGCAGCAAUCCCCCAGCACAGGUCCCUAUUGAUCUCGACAUAGAUGAGGAUUUAGGCGAGGACAUGAUUCGGGAGAUGAUGUUGAAGGAGAUCCUCCAUUACCAUCCUGAAGAAGGUACAGCCAACGGGCAGAUGUGUGCCUGAUCUGGUUCCGUAGUUCUUAGGCGCCUGAGAGGGAUAGUAGUCUUCUAUAAACUGAGGAAGUUUUUGUUGUGGUAACAUUUAGUUUCUGUUGUUGUUUUACUCGUGUCCACUGUUGUCCCUUAAUAAUCUUAAUGAAGCAUGCACCAGUCAUGUAUGCCAUGGAUGCAUGAUUUAACUAACUUCAGUUCUCAAGGGCUUAUUGAUGAGCUUAAGCUCUGAAAUUUAUGUGGCCCUGUCAGUUUGUAAAUAGGUGUGCCGAUGUAAGAUUUAUGGGAAAAAAUUUGUUGUAUGUUAGAAUAUCUAAUAUGUAUUGUAGUACUGUCAUGAUAACCAAGCUUCCUCUUUUGGGAUGUUGUAAGCUUACAAAUGACAUAUGCAAAUGUAUACCAUGUAGACAUAUUUGCUUUUUUUCC